UGUCAUUGGUUGCUUUUCUGGGUUAAGUAAACCCAAAAACAUCAACGACUUCAUGCGUGAUUUUUGUACAGAGGCCAAAUCACUUAAAUAAAACGGAAUUAAAGUGGGUUCCAUGGCAGUUUUAAAACCAUUUAAUAUUCGUGUUUUUAUUUGCGAUUGUCCAGCCAGGGCUUAUGUAACAGGAGUAAUAGGUCACAAUGGAAAAAACGGAUGUCCUAAGUGUAGCGCAGAAGGACUUUAUAAGGAGAGAAGAGUUUGCUUUCCGAAAAAGGUUGGUCUACCCAGGUCAGAUAAGUCCUUCGCAAUGAGAGCCAGUACUUUUCAUCACCUUACUCAGUUUAAGGAAACAAAAAGUGUUUUAGAGGAAGCGGGAUUCGGCAUGGUUUCCCAAUUUCCACUCGAUUCCAUGCAUUUGGUGGAUUUAGGCGCAGUUAAGAAAUUGCUGAAACUGUUUAUUACGGGUAAAAAAUGCAAUAUUAAAAGAAUCAAUGAUAAACUUACUUUUGUCGCACAAUUUGUUCCGUCUGAAUUUGGUCGUCUUCCCAGGAGCUUAGAUGAAGUUUCUAAUUGGAAGCCAACUGAAUUUAGACAGUUUUUGCUCUACACUGGAAUAUUUGUUUUAAAGGAUUGUAUAAGUGAAGAUUCUUAUUAUCAUUUCCUGUUAUUACACAGUGCUAUUAGACUUCUUUCUAGUGAAAAGUCCUGUAGAAGAGAGACCGGUAUUGCCCGAAAAAUGUUGCAAGAUUUCGUUACUUUUUUUGGAACUUUAUAUGGCGAUGAGAAAGUAAGUUUUAAUAUUCAUGGGUUACUCCACUUGCCUGACUCUGUUGAUGAAUUAGGUCCAUUAGACUCGUUUUCCGCGUACAAAUAUGAAAAUUUCAUGCAGCUUUUAAAAAAAAUUAUUAAAAAUCCUCAUAAUAUACUCCAGCAAUUGUUUCUGAGGAUUCAAGAACGGCAAGGAUCAGAAAUGUAUUUCAAAACUUUGAAUGACUUUGGUUCAUUCACUUUGGAUGAUAAAAAAGAGAAAUACAGCUAUUUUUUUGUGAGAAGAAAGGCCCAAUCAAAGUUAUAAAAGUCACAAAAUCAGGAGAAUCAGACAGAGUUCUGUGUAGAUAUUUUCAGAAAAUCGAGAGCUUCUUUUUGGAACCUAUUACUUCGUCUUCAGGUCUGUGAAUAGUGGUUACAAGUGUUUUAGCCUCGGAAACGGUGGAAAUAUUAAGGAAUGAAAUUACUUAUAAGUACUUUUGUAUUCCUUUUAAUGAAAAGUUUUUGCUCAUAACCUUAUUACACCAUUUGUUUCACGACUUUUCCAAUUUUGCUACACAUUCAAAUUAAAUUAAAUUUUUGCUACCAUUUAAUAUGAAUAUAAUAUAAUAUAUGAACCAUAAUAAUAAUAUGUAUGAUAUGAUCCAUGAUAAUAAUAUGAACCAUGCACAUGGAUUCAAGCAAUAUUCUUGAUGAGUCGUUUUGUGAGGAGUCUCCAGUCGAAAGUAAGUGGAAUGUAUGAAAAAUGUUUCAUCACAUAAUUCCAUCGUUCUUUAUUUUAGUGGGCCAAUCCCUUAUAAAGAAGAGGUGCUACGACACCAAUGUUGAAGCGGCAGGUGUAAGCCAAGUUUGCUCUCCGAGUGAUGGUAAGUGCCUAUUGAAAAAACUAUGUAAAUAACACUUACGAUUUUAGUAUUAAUUCUUGAAAAUCAUUAAAGAUAUUAACGCGAAGCUGGACACCAAUGUUUAAGAAGAGGAAGCGGCAGGUGUAAGCCAAGUUUGCUCUCCGAGUGAUGGUAAGUGCCUAUUUUAAAAAACUAUGUAACUAACACUUACGAUUUUAAUAUUAAUUCUUGAAAAUCAUUAAAGAUAUAAACGCGAAGCUGGACAUCAUUCUUAAUAACCAAAAAGCCAUAUGGGAUACUUUGCAGACAAGCAUCAAUAACCAAGCAAAGUUGUCAACAAAUCAGGCGGAGCUGGAGAAGAAAUUCAUAUCACUCCAAAUGAAUGCAGUCGAAAACGCGGAAUUUCUCGCUCUAGCGAAAUCAGCACGCGAAAUAACGGUAUCGGUGCAAAAUAUAGAAAAGGAAGUUUGUCGUAUGACGGGCGAUGCAUGUGACAAAAUUAUGAAUGAAAUUGCCAGCAUGUUGCCCUGCUCCGCAUAUACCCCGAUCGAGGUAUUAAAGGCCAAGGAGUAUGUGAAAGCAAUGACCACAUACUUGUACAAAGUCAAAGGCGUAUCGGACGACGUUGGCGGCGUUUUCAAAAAGCUUUUCACCGAUGAGUCCUUGGCUGAAUUUAAUUGGGAAGGGAGGUGGGAGAAGAAAGCCUUGAGAGAACUAACGUUAUUUGAGCAUGUUUUGCGCGACGUUUUCAAUAAAAUGACCUCCAAGGAGUUCGAGCACGCGGUUAAAAAGCAAGUGGAGCGGAGUCAUCAUCGUCUUCAUCAAAAAAAAUACGACUCCAAGAAAAGCGACAAAAAAUAAUGUAUGUAAAUA